CUAAAGCAAUUCACAUACAAUGAAUUAGUAUUAGCAACAAGAGAUUUUAGACCUGGAUUUUUUCUUGGGGAGGGAGGGUUUGGUAAAGUGUUCAAAGGCUGGAUAAGCUGUAAUCAGAGUUCACCUUCAAAUCCAAAGAUGGCAGUUGCUAUAAAGACUCUCAAUAGAGAAGGACCCCAAGGCCACAAAGAAUGGGAGGCUGAAAUUAACUGUCUUGGUGCUCUCCAACACCCAAAUUUGGUUAAACUUAUUGGCUACUGCCAUGAAGAUGAAAAUAGAAUGCUUGUUUAUGAGUAUAUGCCAAAAGGAUGCCUUGAAAAUCAUUUGUUUAGGAGGUUAACACCUCUACCAUGGACUGUGAGAAUGGAAAUUAUGCUUGGUGCUGCAAAAGGCCUUGCAUUUCUCCAUGAGGAAGCUCAAAAUCCACUAAUAUACAGAGAUUUCAAAACCUCCAAUAUCCUAUUGGAUUCGCAAUAUAAUGCUAAACUUUCUGAUUUUGGGUUGGCUAAAGAUGCUCCAAUGGGAGACAAGACUCAUGUUUCAACUCAAGUGAUGGGAACUCAAGGCUAUGUAGAUCCUGAGUAUGUGGUGACAGGACACCUUACUUCUAAGAGUGAUGUCUAUAGUUUUGGUGUGGUUCUCCUUGAGAUGUUAACUGGAAGACAAGCAAUUGAUUACAAAAGGGCACAAAAAGAACAAUGUUUGGUUGAAUGGGCAAAGCCCUACUUAAAAUCCAAAAUAGGGUUUUACCAAUUGAUGGAUCCAAAAUUGAAAGGUAGAUACUCACCAAGAGGAGCAAAGAAAGCAAUCAAGUUAGUUUCAGCCUGUCUUAGCUGCAACAAAAAAUCAAGACCUAAAAUGAACGAAGUUGCUAAGGUGCUACAAAGUAUCCUUGAUUGCAAAGACACACCUCCAGUUAAGAGUUCACAUGGUCUCAAAGUUGGUUCAUCAUCUUCAGUUUCAUCUACUCCACGAUUUCGAGCUUCGCGAUUGAACCUUACCCCCAGUUUUCCUUCACCAAAUCCUCCUUGUGGUGAAAAUCCAUGA